AUGCUGUUUGCGGACUUCUGCUUCCAUGUGAUUGGCGAUUUCCUGUCCCCAAUGCCACCGAUCACGGAGUUGAACACCUUGAUUUGUAUGGGAGGCGGGAGGUUGAUCGCUUUUCUGGAUGAAAUUCAGGACGAGAUGCACAAGCGUGAGAAUCGCUCCCGGAAGCUCAUAAUCGUGUCCGACAAGCUCAAUCCAACGGCACUACGACAGCAGACAAGGCAGUUGAAAGCCAAGCCGCAGUUGAAAGGACUAUCGUCGGCUGUCAUUGUGAAUUACCUGUGGGUGAUCAACAGCAUCAGUGAAGCCAAGUUACGCGAGCUCCCCUAA